CAUAGCGACUGUAUAUAUAGACGUCAUGGUGCUCACUCCUCAUUAACUGAACUCGAGGCAUGAGCGUGGGUUUCUCAGCGCUAUCCAACGCAACCCAUGCAGAACACCAGGAUGCAGUCCCGUUACGUGAUCAUCGCCGCCUUGCUGGCUGUCCUGCUCGUCAGUUCUACCGAUGGCAGGCGUUCUUCUCGGCGUGGGCGCUUCAAGCAUCUACAGCGUCUCAUCGAGCAGCAACUUGAGAGAAUAUUUGAUAGCGAAAGUGGAGAAGGCGAUGGAGAACCUUGGAGUCCGGGCUGCCAGAGAACAGAGGUCUACGAUGAAUGCGGAAGCUUAUGUCCCCGCGUCUGUGGCGAACCAGUAAUCCAGGAGUGCAGCCAGGAAUGCGUGGUGGGAUGCGUCUGCCGUCCUGGUUACAUCCUCGCACCUGCCGGAGGAGGCUGCAUCCCAGAAGCACAGUGCAACCAGUGGUUGAGCACUCGUGGCUAUUGAAACGAGGAAAGUUUCGUAAUGAAGGACGCAAACUCCCAAAACCACUGACAUUGUUAUUGUAGUUCGUAGUAAUUAACAAUAAAAUCAUUCAUGCGUGUAUCGGUACUGCA